AUGAUUUCAAAAGCAGUAAAAGUUUUAUGGGCAGGUCGGUUAAGUUACAGUGCUGGACUCAGACUGCAAAAGGUAUUGUCUAAUCGACAUCAUCAAAAUUUAGAGAAAAAUAUCUCUAAUACAUUAGUACUAGUUGAACACUAUCCAGUAUAUACAGUUGGUAUUAGGGGUAAGAGUUAUACAGUGGAAGAUGAAGAGAAGUUGAAGAGUUUAGGAGCUGAAUUUUUUAGAACCAAUCGAGGUGGUCUGAUAACUUUUCAUGGACCUGGACAAUUAGUGGCGUAUCCUAUAUUAAAUUUGAAACAGUUUAAAACUAGUGUUAAAUGGUAUGUAUGUCAAAUAGAAAAAAUGAUUAUACGUUUGUGUGCAGAAUAUGGUAUUAAGGGUAAAACAUCACCAGACACUGGUGUGUGGGUAAAUGAUAGAAAAAUCUGUGCAAUUGGCAUUCAUGGAAGUCGUUAUAUAACAACACACGGUUUAGCUCUAAAUUGCAAUACGGAUUUGAGUUGGUUCGAUCAUAUUGUGCCUUGUGGUAUCGAAGGAAAGGGUGUAACUAGUAUUAGUAAAGAACUUAAUACAAAUGUUUCUAUUCAAGAUGUUCUACCUCUAUUAAAAAAUGCUUUCCAAGAUCAGUUUGAAUGUUCAUUAAUCGAAUGUACACCAGAAGAAUCAUCAGAAUUACUUAGAGAUGCUGUAAAUUUGUUAGAUGAAAAUAUAUGUCUAUAAAACAUUUAAAUCAUGUAAUACGAUUUUAAUAAAUUGAUUGAUUUUGUCCUGUAUGACAAUUGUUAAAAUAAAUUUUUUAAUUAAAACAA